CGUCACGGGGCGUGUCUUCCGGGGCGGAAGCCCCGCGCGCUCCUCCCGGACGAGCGCGGCUCCCCGGGCUUGCCCUGCAAGGCGGUCUGGGAGCUGCGGGGUGGGAGGCCAGUUCCCACUUCGCCGGGUCUGAGUCCGGCGCCAGAAUGGGGAACAGUGCCCUCCGUGCUCAUGUGGAAACGGCGCAGAAAACUGGUGUCUUUCAACUUAAAGACCGUGGGCUGACCGAGUUCCCUUCAGAGUUGCAGAAGCUGACGAGCAAUCUCAGGACCAUCGACUUGUCCAACAACAAGAUAGAGAGCCUGCCGCCGGCGAUCAUAGGGAAGUUCACUCUGCUGAAGAGCCUCUCUUUGAACAGCAACAAACUGAGUGCUCUUCCUGAGGAGUUAUGCAAUCUGAAAAAGCUGGAGAUGCUGAGCUUAAAUAACAAUCUAUUGCGAGAACUGCCAUCAACCUUUGGUCAGCUUUCUGCCCUCAAGACCCUAAGCCUGUCUGGGAACCAACUGGGAGCCCUACCACCCCAGCUUUGUAGUCUGCGGCACCUGGAUGUAGUGGAUCUCUCCAAGAACCAGAUUCGCAGCAUACCUGACAUCAUUGGGGAUCUUCAGGUGAUUGAGCUCAACCUCAAUCAGAAUCAGAUAUCUCAGAUCUCAAUAAAGAUAUCUCGCUGUCCUCGCCUUAAAGUUCUUCGCCUGGAAGAGAACUGCCUUGAGCUCAGCAUGCUUCCACAAAGCAUCCUCAGUGAUUCCCAGAUCUGUCUGCUUGCAGUGGAAGGCAACCUGUUUGAAAUAAAAGCACUUCGAGAACUGGAAGGUUAUGAUAAGUACAUGGAAAGGUUCACAGCCACCAAAAAGAAGUUUGCAUGAUGUUCUUCAGAAGCAUGGGAACCUUACAGGACAGUGACUUGGAACCUGUUGUAAUCUGGCUGAGUCAGAGGCUCCUAUUCUCGAGGAUAUCUGCAGUAAGGAGAUGAACGCCUAGGAGAUUCUAUUUCAUUCAGUCAUCUUUCUUCUUUCCAGUGCUUAUUUUCCAAUAAGCUAAAAGGAACCAAGAGACAGGAAGUGUCCUCCAUUUUAACUCAGAUAGGAUAAUGGACAAUGCUGAUCCUCAAAACCAAUCAUUAGUUUGACUUUAAGACAUCAAUAGCUAGUUGCUGUUUAUGCAGUGAGGGGAUGUUGCCCAGUAACAAAAUAGCUCCAUCACAGUGAUUGGAAUUUCAUGUAGUUCCAGUGUAAGUUUCAUAAAGUCAGAUGCCAUUUCCACCUGUGUUUAACAAUUCCUAUUUUUAUGAAGUUGAAAUAAUUUGUAAGAGACUGGAGUGGUGAAUCUAAGGAAUUAUAUUUUCUUGUUUGGGGGCCACAUCCAGCAGUGCUCAGGUGCAACUUCCUGUGUGCUGCUUCUGGUGGUGCUUGGGGAGCCAUGCCAUGGCCAGACUUCCCGCAUGCGAGGUAUGCACUAUGCCUCUGAACUGUCCUUGUCCAGGAUACAUGCUGUUAUUCGAGUCUAUCACUUCAAUCAUAGUGUUUUUACAUGAAAUUUAGGAGGUACACAAAUGUAUAUGUUUGUCUUAAUGUGUACUUUGUCAGAAAAGCAACAACACAACACUAAGAAUAGUUUCCCAAGUCUACAGUAGCAAAAUCUUACCUAUUGCAGGUGCCUUAUUGGUAGAGGGCUCCAAAGAGCUAAAAAGCAUAUAUGCAAAACUUGUAAGAUACUAGGGUUUUUAAAUAAUCAAAAUUUUCAUGAUGCUUUGUUAGAAAUAAUGUUUUAUUUCUGGUAAUCCUUUUCCUUUUGUAUUUAUAACUCUGCUAAUCAAAUAACUUAUAAAAACAAUAUUUUAAAUGCUUAUCAAGUUUAUUCUCUGAAUGAGAAUAUACUAAAUAAAGAAUUUCUAAUGAAUGCUGGAUUAAAACAAAAAGGUUAAUUCUUUAAGCAGACAGAACUUUUAACCAGUAAAUGGUUCUUUGAAAAUGGAUUAGGAAGAAAUGUUUCAUGUUCUUAUUCCGGCUGCAUGAGUACUGAAAUGCCUUCCUGUGACUAAU